AGUUGAGAGAAAUGGAGUGGUGCUAGACUGAGCAUGCUCUGUGGAGACCCUUCUGGAGGGGAGAGCCGACAGAGGGAGCCAACAGGUCACAUGACCGGCGAGGUGCAUGCGGGGGAAAGAAAAGGAAAAGAGGAGCAGUCGGUUCGGCACAUUCUGGAUCCCCCCCCAUCCCUCUUCCUCUCAAACCCACGCACUCUUCCUCCCUCACGCUCCCUCGCUCUGACGCCUUCGUCUSAAUGGAGGCCGUGAGAAGAAAGCAGCCCGCUGGUCUAGCCGUGGAUAACGUUGGAUCCCCCAAGAAAGAGGGGCUCAACCCACUAAUCGCUGCAGAGGAGCAGUCAGAUGGAGACAAGGAGGCGGCGGGGUCGAGGCUGGCCCCUCCGGUCACAGCGGAGGCGUUGCUCAACGGCACCGAGUGCGACGGCGCGACACACAAGAACCCGCCGACGGGCAACGUUAAGACUCUCCCGCUGCCGAGCGAAAACGGCACUUUGGACUCGGAGCCCCCCCGCGCUUCCGUUACCGGAAGCAACGGAUUAAUCCUGACCAAGCAGCUGCAGCAGCAGGAGGCUGCGGGUCCAGGAGCGCCCCCCCACAGGACUAACUGGUCGCCUCUGGCCUCGCCGAUGGGGGAGCAAACGGCCAAACCCCUCCCCGCCUCGGCGCCGGCGGGGGGCGCGCAGCAGGAUUCAGGUGCUUUAAGGACUGCCCCCGUAACGGGGGCCGCGUCGGGACGGGGGACGCCUGACGUUAAAAAUGGCCCCGCUUUGUCUCCUGUCCUGACCUCAGUGCCCGUCACCGUUCACAGAGCCCGCAAGACCAUGUCCAGACCUGCGGUCAGCCCGGCACAGAAGCUUCUGAACAAAGAACUAAGACAGGCCAAGAGUGCCAAACUGGAGUCUCAGCUCGUGCCCGAUGUGCAGGACUCCCUGCAGCCGUCCUCCGUUCAGAACCACCUACCUCAGAGUCCGUGGGUCCGGCCCACUUCAGCACAAACAGCUUCGCUAGCAGCUCUGACGAAACCCGCAGCUUCUCCAGCUCCUUCAGCUCCUUCAGCUCCCGCCAAGAUCCACAUAGGGCCGUACUCCGCCGGGUUUUCAUCUCGCAAGAAGAAGAGGAGGAUGGGGACCUACAGCYUGGUCCCCAAGAAGAAGACCAAAGUGCUGAAGCAGAGGACCAUGCUGGAGAUGUUUAAGGAGCUACAGAAGAUCCCACAGGUCAAAGAGGCGGCAAACAUCAACGGGGAGAAGGUGGGAAACAGAUCUGAGGAGGAGGAGGAGGAGUCUGAGGACGUGGAGUCUGAGGAGGAGGAACGACGGCGGCAGCAGCGAGCCGGAGAGUCGCCUGCUGCUGCUGGGGUCCAAGAAACACCUGGAUCCAUGAAGCAGGCGAAAGAUGAGCAGGAGUCUGAAGAGUCCGAGGAAGAGGAGGGUGAGGAGGAGGGCACAGAGUCGGACUUGAGCUCAGAGUCCAUUCUGAAGAAGAGGCUGAAGAAGAAGGCCAAAGCGGACAGCGCGUGGCUCCGCCCCUCCAGGAAACGGAAAAGGAGGAUCAACAAAGAACCAGAUCCAGAUGUUCAGCCUCAGACUUCGGCUCAUUCAGACAAACAGAACCUCCUGUUCGAGUCCCUCAGUCUCAGCAAGACUUGCCCCAGUAAAGAGAUCUCCAGCUCAGCCGUGGAGGAGGAGGCCCAGGAGCUGCCGCUCUGCAGCUGCCGCAUGGAGACGCCCAAGAGCCGCGAGAUUCUCAUCCUGGCCGACAGGAAGUGCAUGGCCACGGAGAGCGUGGACGGGCAGCUGACGCGCUGCCAGAGCGCCGUGCUGAAGCACGAGAUGAUGCGUCCCUCUAACUCUGUCCAGCUGCUGGUUCUGUGCGAGGACCACCGCGGCGGCAUGGUGAAGCACCAGUGCUGCCCCGGCUGCGGCUUCUUCUGCAGGGCGGGGACCUUCAUGGAGUGCCAGCCGGACGUCAGCAUCUCUCACCGCUUCCACCGGGCCUGCGCCUCGGUGCUGAAGGGUCAGAGCUUCUGUCCUCACUGUGGAGAGGAGGCCGGCAAGGCCAAGGAGGUCACCAUYGCCAAGGCCGACACCACCUCCACGGUCCCCGAAGCGCCCGCGCACGGUCCCGCCACGCCGGGGGCCUCGGAGGGCCGAGCGGACACGACCACCGGCAGCUCGACUUAUUUGGCUCCGGUGGCUGAAGUCAGCGGCAGGGCCGACAGCUCGCUCUCCAUCCGCUCCUCCGCUCACGAGACGGACCUCUCCGCCGUUCCCGGGUCGUCCAGGACCGCCUCUCUGCAGGCCRGGACCGGAGCGACCGCCCCGCUCACCCUCCUGCCAGGACCUCCCAGGGAAACGCUGGAGAGCAUUCUGGUCGCUCUGGACACGGAGAAACCCAAGAAACUUCGUUUUCACCCAAAGCAGCUUUACCUCUCAGCCAAACAGGGGGAACUGAAGAAGGUGGUGCACAUGUUGGUGGAUGGCAUCGACCCGAACUUCAAGAUGGAGUCUCAGAACAAGCGCACGCCGCUGCACGCAGCAGCCGAGGGAGGAUUCACCGACAUCUGCCACAUGCUCGUUCAGGCCGGAGCCAACCUGGACACCUGCGACGAGGACCAGCGGACUCCCCUGAUGGAGGCCUGCGAGAACGACCACAUGGAGGUGGUCCUGUACCUGCUGAGAGCCGGGGCCAGCGCCGGGCACAAGGACGUUGAAGGGUUCACCUGUCUCCACCUAGCAGCGAAGUCCGGUCAUUACAAGGUUGUGGAGCAUCUUCUGCUGUCAGGACUCAUCAACAUCAACUGUCAGGACGAUGGCGGUUGGACAGCCAUGAUCUGGGCCACGGAGUACAAACACGCGGACCAGGUGAAGCUGCUUCUGUCCAGAGGAGCUGACAUCAGCAUCAGGGACAAGGAAGAAAACAUUUGCCUUCACUGGGCGGCGUUUUCUGGCAGYGUGGAGAUCACGGAGCUGCUGCUGAACGCCCGCAGCGACCUGCAGGCCGUCAACGUCCACGGAGACUCUCCUCUGCACAUCGCUGCUCGGGAAAACCGCCUGGAUUGUGUCAAACUCCUCCUCUCUCGAGGAGCAGAUGCGUUCCUGAGGAACCGUGAGGGGGAAGCUCCUCCCGACUGCUGCAGCCACAACUCCAAGGCCUGGGCUGCCCUGCAGGCCARCAGGAAGGAGAGGGACGCCAAGAACAGCCGGCUCGCUCAGGCAGAAGAAAAACUCCUCCACAGUGACGUGUCGUUGGGCCAGGAGCAGGUUCCCAUUCCCUGUGUGAACUCUGUGGACAGCCAGGCUUUCCCAGACGACUACAAAUACAUCUCAGAGAACUGCGUCACCUCGCCCAUGAACAUCGACCGCAACAUAACACACCUGCAGUACUGUGUUUGUAAAGAGGACUGCUCGGCCAGUAUCUGCAUGUGUGGACAGCUCAGCCUGCGCUGCUGGUACGACAAGAGUGGCUGCCUCCUGCCCGAGUUCUGCCGCGAGGAGCCUCCUCUCAUCUUCGAGUGCAACCACGCCUGCUCCUGCUGGAGGACCUGCAAGAACCGAGUGGUACAGAAUGGGCUCAGAUCCAGACUGCAGCUCUUCAGGACCAGUAAAAAAGGCUGGGGGGUCCGCGCUCUGCAGGACAUCCCACAGGGGACCUUCGUGUGCGAGUACGUGGGUGAGAUCAUCACGGAGGCCGAGGCCGAGGCGAGGCAGAACGAUGCGUACCUGUUCAGCCUGGACGACAAGCCUGAAGACCUGUACUGCAUCGACGCCCGCUUCUACGGAAACGUCAGCCGCUUCCUGAACCACAUGUGCGAGCCGAACCUGUUUGCCUGUCGKGUCUUCACCACGCACCAGGACCUCCGCUUCCCGCACAUCGCCUUCUUCGCCAGCGAGAACAUCAAGGCCGGCGAAGAGCUCGGGUUUAACUACGGCGACCACUUCUGGGAAGUCAAAAGCAAGCAGUUCAGCUGUGAGUGCGGCUCCUCUAAGUGUAAGUACUCGUCUGUGGCCCUGGCGUCCCUGCAGGCCGACAGCACGCCGGAGGAGCAGCAACAGCCCAGCGCCCUGCCCGACACCAGCUCUUCAAACGGCCCGUCGUAAAAACAACAACAGCAAACCAGUCCCCCCAGAACCUUUUUUAUCAGCGACACUCGUACUGUAACGCCCACCUCCCGCCCCGACCGAGGACCAUUCAGCAGAACCUGUAAACUGUUUUUGACCCAGAUGCACAAUCAGAACCUGACAGAACUGCGUUAUUCCACCGUCGGAACAAGAGGAAGAGGCUGCAGCACAGAGCACGGGGCUAGGAGCGCCCGUUUCAUCCUCCACAAAAAACGACAUGCGCUUGUAAGUUUGUCGUCUUUUUUCUGUUUUUUUCCCCCUUUGGAAGCUAAUUAAAGAAGACGGAGCCGAGCUCAGCACACGGCCGAGUGUUCCGCACCACGAACCAUUCCAGCAGACCGUUCGCAGUUUGUCGCAACGUUUUUUGUGACUUCUUGUCUUUUUCUCGUCGUGUCUCACGUUUGCCACCACAAAUGAAACGAGUUUACAAAUUAACGGAAACAAAAAGUGCAUUUCUUUUUUUUUUUUUUACUGAUUAGAAAGCUGGUCAGAAAUGAAAAAAAGUUGGCGUACCUUUUUAUGAAACUUGUCUGAUAUUUACAGAAUCGAUUCUGCAAAUAUAAAAUGAGAAAAAAAAAGAAGAAAAUGGUGCUGACAAAGGUUUUUGUUUUUGUUAUCAAGUGAACAUAGUUUGUAAAAUAAGAGAAUGUUUUUAUGUUUUUUUAUGUUUUAAUUUUAUCUCCCAGUUUUUCUAAAUCAUAGUUGGAUUUUAAUUUUCCUUCCUGGUUUUGCUGACAGAAGCCAAAUCAUCGUUUUAACUCGUGUUAGGAACACAGUGACUGUUGUGCAAAGUCUCGAAAGGUUAAAAAAAAAGAAAAAAGAAAAAAAUGGGGGGGAUAAAAUUGCACUUCCAUUAAGUUCUGUUACAUAUUUCUGGACUGUGAACCAUCCAUUAACUGGUUGUAUCUUUUUCAAUAAAUUUAAUAUUAUUGCAUUUA